AUGAUUGUCAAACUGGAAGAGGAUGAAUUAAAGAAAGAGGAACUGAAAUCGAGAAAUGCACUGAUAGUGCAUGUACUGGGGGAUUUACCGGGCUAUAAUUACAUGAAAAGAUACAUUAAUCAUAUGUGGUACAUCGCCACUACUAUACCUGAUAUCUACUAUCAUGAGGAGGGAUAUUAUAUUGUGAAACUUCAAAGUGAAGAAGAUAUGCAUGAAGUUCUCUUCUCAGGACCAUAUAGCAUUAAUAAUAGACCAGUAAUACUGAAGCAAUGGUCACCAGAGUUUGAUUUUAGUACUGAAUUCUUAUUUGUUGUUCCUUUAUGGGUAAAAUUCCCUGACUUACCAAUAAGUUGCUGGAGUUGUAAUUCGUUGAGUAGAAUAGCAAGUGCCAUUGGGAUCCCUCUAUUCGUUGAUGAAUGUACCACAAAACAGACAAGAAUCUCAUAUGCCAGAAUGCUGAUCAAAAUUAAUGUGACCAAACCACUGCUUAGUGAAAUUGAAGUGUUGGGGACUUAUGGAGAGAUAUUUCAGCAGGCUGUGGUCUACGAUUGGAAACCUGAUUUCUGUGCAACUUGUUUGAGUGUGGGACAUGACUGUGCUAAAGUGCAAGCUAAUAGACAACCACUAGCCAGGGUUCCUAUUCAACAACCUCAGGGUCAUGCCAAGCAACAUAAAGUCCAGAACAAAAGAAAACAUAAGAGGGUUGUGCAGAGGUGGCAAGCUAGAGGAGGAAAUGACAAUGCAACUACCUUAGCAAAUGUCAAUGCUCAAGGUGUAUUACCCCCUGAACUAAGGGAGGUUGAGGAUCAGGCUGUAGGCAUCCAGGAGAUAAGCACUAAUGAACAUUUAGUAGAUAUAAGAAACAACCUAGCAGGGAAAGGAAAUGACAAACAAUCAGUCAAUAAUGCAAGUAGUAGGGAGAGUAAUGGGGUUAAUGCUAAGGACAAAUCUACUAUUCCUGCUCAACAACCAGUUGAAAAUUGUGAUGAGAAUAUUCAGGACAAUCCUCCCUUAGACAAAGAAGGAUUUCGUCCUUUGCGAAUGAGUAAAGCUGUGAUGGCUAAUUUACUGCUUUCUGAGCAAGGUGGCGGUUUCUCUAUUCAUACCUGA